UUUCCUUCCUUGGAGUUCUGGGUUCUUUAAUCAUUAAUCAAAAUUAAAAUUUGGUUCUGGGUGUCUUCCCUUUUUUCCCUUUCCUUCAUUGUUGCUUGCUCUUGUACUAGAUCAAAGAUCAUCAUUGGCUCAAGUUUCAUCACCAGGUGCCAAGUUUCAGUUUCUGGGUCUCCCUGGAAUGCAUCGUUACUCACAAGUUUUAAUAUUUAUUUACUUCCGUAGUAAAUUUUUGUGAGUUUGAUGCAUUCUUCAUAUUGUAUAAUUUCCACAAUCACUUUGUGAUACGCAUCUGUUGCUGGAGAAGAAUCAACUGUUAUAGCAAGGAAGUUACAAUUGUUGUUUAUUGCAUGUAGUUUCUUUGUUGGUCAUUAUGGUUAUGGCACAAAUUUAUGUCACUGAAUUGUGUAUAGACUGCAGUCAUAUACCCCGUUGACCUUUCAGCCCACACUUUUUUUCUUUUUUAAAAAAAAGUGCAUCUGCUGCUUUUCUGAAAUCAAUAUUAGAUCCACAAUUUUGACAAUCUGUGUGUUCAAUUUGUUAUACAAGAAAGAGAAUAAUAUUGUACCAUUUAAGUUUAAACUUCAAUUUCCUUUUUUGGAUUUUGAUAUUUGUAACAUUAAAAUCACUCUCCAUCAAACCCUGACUACCACGAGUGUGGUGAGUGCAAUCCUUGCACACAGCUUUACCCUUGCAUAUUGCUCUUUGGAUUCGAACUCGUGACCUUUCGGUUACAAAGGAGUAGUUUUUCUGUAUAAGAAAGUAAUUGCAUUUAGGAAAUUUAUUUGGUGCAAAUCCCAUAUUGGUUUUAAGCCUACUUAGCUUAGCAUGCAUAGUUUGUAGGCACUAUGUCAAUCAUGUUUUGCGUUCCUCUUGUUGAGUGUGUGUACUGUCUGGCUUGUGCUCGUUGGGCUUGGAAAAGAUGUCUUCAUACUGCAGGCCAUGAUAGUGAGACUUGGGGCUUUGCCACUGCAGAAGAAUUUGAGCCAAUCCCUCGCCUUUGCCGCCAUAUUUUAGCUGUGUAUGAAGAUGAUCUUCGCCACCCCAUUUGGGCACCUCCUGGUGGGUAUGGAAUUAACCCUGAUUGGUUAGUACACAAAAUGACAUACGAAGAUACCAAAGGGAAGGCUCCACCAUAUAUACUGUAUCUUGAUCAUGAUCAUGCUGAUAUAGUUCUUGCCAUUAGGGGUCUAAAUUUGGCAAAGGAGAGUGACUAUGCAGUUCUAUUGGACAAUAGAUUGGGGAAGAAAAAGUUUGAUGGGGGGUAUGUUCACAAUGGGUUGUUGAAGGCUGCUGAAUGGGUUUUGGAAGCUGAAUGUAAAGUUUUGAAGGAGUUGGUAGAGAAGCAUCCAAAUUAUACUUUGACUUUUGUUGGACAUUCUCUUGGAUCUGGUGUAGCAGCUAUGUUGAGCUUGGUGGUGGUGCAGAAUAGAGAUAGACUAGGAAAUAUUGAGAGGAAGAGGGUCAGGUGCUAUGCAAUGGCACCGGCUAGGUGUAUGUCGCUGAAUUUGGCAGUCAGAUAUGCAGAUGUCAUCAACUCCGUUGUGCUGCAGGAUGACUUCUUACCAAGGAUAGCCACACCAUUGGAAGAUAUAUUCAAGUCUCUUUUCUGUUUGCCAUGCCUAUUGUGCUUGAGGUGCAUGAGGGAUACAUGUAUAUCAGAGGAGAAGAUGCUCAAAGAUCCAAGGAGACUCUAUGCACCCGGACGCCUUUAUCACAUUGUUGAGAGAAAGCCUUUAAGAAUGGGAAGGUUUCCCCCAGUUGUGAGGACAGCAGUGCCAGUAGAUGGAAGGUUUGAGCAUAUAGUCCUUUCUUGUAAUGCCACAUCUGAUCAUGCCAUCAUUUGGAUAGAGAAAGAAGCCCAAAGGGCUCUGGAUCUGAUGCUGGAGAAAGAUCAUAGCAUGGAAAUCCCUGGAAAGCAAAAGAUGGAGCGUCAAGAAACACUAACUAGACACACUGAUGAAUAUAAAGCAGCAUUACAAAGGGCUAAAACUUUAGAUGUUCCACAUGCUUAUACACCACGAUUACAGUAUGGCACUUUUGGUGAGGAGGGAAAAGAGAGCUCAAAAAUAUCACAAGGCGAGUCUUCUAUUGGUUCAAGUUCAACUAAAAAAAGUAAUGUGGAUGAAAGCUGGGAUGAAUUAAUUGAACGUUAUUUUGAUAAGGAUGAGCAUGGUCACAUGGUGCUGAAGAAAUAAUGAUUAAAUAAGACAAUUUAGAAUACAUAAGAGUUUAUAUAUUAUGAAAAGCAAAAUUCUUUCAUUCUUUUGUGAUUUUUUUUGUCUAAUGUGGCUCAAAGAUGGAACUUGAAAUGAAGACUGAUGAAUUUGUUAGAAGAUG